GAGUAUUGCGGUCUUUAAACUGUAAGAUGGCCCCGGAGUGCUGCUGCUCCUAAGCGGGCCUCGCGUUCGGGUUCUCAGAGCGCCCCGUAAGCGCUGAGGUGACCCUGGCUGAGCCUGUGAGGGUUAGGGAAUUGUCUGUGUGUCCCUCUGGCAACUGACAGCAGCGUCCUAACAAGAUAGCGCCUCAGAUCAGCGGCUCUGCCCGCCUUGCUUGGGAUGGGAUAUGUUUUCUGUCUUGGUACGAUGGCUCGUGUCUUUGUGUACGGCACACUUAAAAAGGGCCAGCCCAACUACAAGCACAUGAUCAACACCGCCAAGGGGAUCGCAAAGUACCAAGGAAGGGGCCGCACAGUGGAAAAAUACCCUCUGGUGAUCGCAGGGAAGUACAAUAUCCCUUACAUGCUCAACAUCCCGGGCAGCGGGCACCACAUUGCAGGGGAGAUUUACACUGUGGAUGACCAGAUGCUGCGGUUCCUCGAUGAAUUCGAAGGCUGCCCGGACAUGUACCAGCGCACAACGAUGAGAAUUGAGGUGGUGGAGUGGGAGGGGAAGAGCGGCACAGCCGAGGUGCGACCAGCCAGCAGCGGGGUGAUAGAGUGCUUUGUGUACAACACCAGCACCUACCAGCCUGAGUGGGUCCAGCUGCCCUACCAUGACAAUUACGAUUCCUCCGGGACCCACGGCCUCUCCUACGUGCUACGAGAGAACAGAGAUUGAGCCGGCACUGCCCUGCGAAGACAGUUCUAAGCAGGUGUUGUGUGGCAGCCCUUCCAGCAACCCCAUAAUGCCUUUCUCCUAAAUCCCCAGAUCUGUAACGUCCCAGACCUGGGCACGCUGGCUCUAGUGCUGCAGUGCUAUAGGCCUAGAGACUGGCACAGCCUUGUGCUCCCACUAACCCACCCUAACUGGUUUGGCAGCAUGAUGGCCGAAAUAACUGUGUGCACAUCAAUGAGGCAGUUUAUGUUCUUUCCUGCCCCCCCCCCCCCCCCCACACACCCCUUCGCCUCAGUGCACGGCCAAGGUGAGUGCAACACAGACGAACACACUAAUUCUUUCUUGUCUCAACUGAUAAAUUUAUCAUGUGUGUUCCAUAAGCUGGGUGGAGUAAUGACAUUAUCUUACUAACAGCUAAAACUGAUUUUAAAAAUCAUAUCUGCAAGCAAAAUAAAACGCACAUCUAUUAUUGUCCUGUAAUGGUAGGCUACUGAAUGUAAACCAAGCGGCAAGCAAAUGUCUGUGGGGGAAAAAAUGACCGCACAGGUAGUCUGUGCUUUGGGAAAAAUACAACACUGCUGUAGAAAUAAAGGGAAGGGAUCUUCAGAGAUGACUAUUCUUACUUCACGAUGAUUAUUUUUAAAACGUGUUUAGUUUUAUGAGAUACUGUAAAGAACCAUUAAAGAAUUAUUAAAGAGAAUUUCAUUUAAAA